CCAUGGCUUCGAUUGUAAGGUCCACGGCGGCUCGAGCAGUUCAUCUGCGUAUCUCGCCACGGCCCUCGAAUUUAGGGGAAUCACGCGAGAUUCUGCGUCUGAUCUCACAGUUCGGCGAAGUAGAAUACUUCAAGAAUCUAAAAUACGAUUCCCUCGCUGCCCCGAACUCGACGUUGGUCAUUUUCCGAGACGAAGAUGCAGCUUACGAUUGCCUGAAGCGGAUGCCUAUACGCUUUCGCAUGUGCAGAGCUCCAGUGCUGGAAGAUCAAGAGCCAGAGAGCACUCAGCAAGAGCAUGCCAGUAUGGCAGCGCAGCAGCAUCCACAACCGAACGCAGCUGCUGGGCCAAAACGCGGCGGAGCUUGGGGUCUUUCGCAGACGCGCUCCAUGUCGACAGCAAGCCUCCCCGAACCUCCAUCUCGACCCUACCAAAUGCCCUUCCAAGCCCCUCCUCCACCGCCGCCCUUGGAAUCGCGUCUCUUCCAAAUCUUGGUGAAUCCAGCCCGUAUCAAUUUCAGAGAUCAGAUCAAUAUGCGCUCCUACCAUGGUUCAUUCAGGAUCGACACGAAAAGCAUUGCCCAGCGACAUCUGCAGCAGGUGGUGCCGCUGCCUGGGCUCAGUUGCGUGAAUUGGCGAGCAACGGAUAAACCAUGGCGGAUCAUUGAUAAGGAGAGGGACGAAGAACAUAAUGGACCACAGAGACGAAAAUCACUGAAAGAGCUAUAUGAGGAAGGUGCGCGAAAGAGUAAGCCUUAG